AUGUUUAUAUUAAAGGCCACAAAUGUGUUAUUCUUGGCCGCAAUAAUAAGCACACUUUACAAUUUAGGUGUUCAAGCCUUCCUUAGGAGAGGUAGGCUAAAUGGAAUGAUAAAUGUUUCUGGAUUAUCAUUUAUACCAAAUUAUACCAACAAGAAUAGCUUUUUAAGGAGUAAUGGAGUUUAUUCUUCCAGAAAUCCUGAACAAUUAAGUGACUCGGAUUUAAAUGGUGUGUACAGAGAUUUCCAUAGUACCGGAGUCAGCUCGACAGAUAUCGCUAAUAAUGGGUUCAUGGAUGAUUUUAAGAGUACCAGCAGUGAUAAUUUAACUGAUAUCGCAGGAAACGUUGGCCAACGGCAGCCAGUUCCAGACGGUAGUGAUGGUGAUGUUGCCAGGGAGGGAAAAGAGGUGUUAGUCUUUUCAGAUUUCACUGACCUUUAUAAGAAUUUACAUAACUCGAAUAGUUCGUUAAAACAAAUCUCAGAUAGCGCUACUGAUACACAAAAUAGCACCAUUGACACGCGGGAUGAGAGCACGUUUUAUCCCAUUGAAUACACUGAUCCACUGGAGCACAACGCACCAGACGCCGUGACGCACACUUUGGCCAGACGCAAAUACGAGAAAAGACUGUUUAAAAAACUGCCACAGAUCGUGGAUACUAGCCUAUUUCUAGUCAGAUCAAAGGCAUAUGUGAAAGGAAGAAUAGGCUCAAAGUGUGACCUGAGCGUGUUUGAUUCAAAUAGAGAGUCACUGGACGGACCGGAUCAGAAGCCAUUCGCUAGCAUUGGGACGGUACUCCCGGGAGUAUUCACAGGAUUACACACGCUGAAGCACACAAAAAAGCGCAUCAUCCGCGAACUGAAGGUGAAGCUGGACCUAUACGUUAAAACGCUAAGUUCACAGCUGAAGAACGUAAUUGAGUUCUAUAAGCAGCUGGUGAAGUACAUACACCCAUUUCAGUACAACCUGUUUAGAACAACAAUACACGACCUGUACGCAACAGGAGAGUCAAAGGUCGCAUUUGACGAUAUAUUGGAACGAAUGGGCGAGGCAAAGAAGCGUCUGGUCAGCAGAGGAAAGGAGAUCAACAGACAGUUAAACAGUACCGGGGGCGGCAACAGUAGCAUAAAGAGAUGCAGAGAAGCGUUCGACUUCGUUAAAGUUAACAUAUUCCAACUGGACGCACUGUACAGUAGCUUUCAAAGCCUAUACGAUCAAUACUCGGAAUACUAUAGAGUGUUGGCGAAGUUGCCAGUGGUAGACAUAGAGAAGCCGAUAGUGGCAAUAAUAGGCCACGUGAACAUAGGGAAGACGACGCUGUACAACAGGAUAUCGGAAAGCGCGAUGAAUUCUGGGACACACUUAACGGGUACCGGCGAGGUAGGAACGUCAUUGGGGCUGAUGUGGUCAAACCUAAAGGCCACAAACAAGCAAAAGGCAAAAGUGGCAGACUAUAAGUUCACCACGCGAGGAAUAAACAAAUGUACACUAACCUACGGCCUUAACAACUUCAUGUACGAAGGGCAGCUUAUCGACACGCCUGGGCUGCUUUGGCGCGAAGGACACACCAACUUUAACCCCUACGAGCGACUGACAUACUCCGUCUUAAAGGAUUUACCCAGCGGAGUUCUGUUCUGCUUUGAUACAAGUAAUUCACUUGACGAACAGAUUAGUUUAUACACAUCACUGAGAAAUAGGUUCCCACGCAGGCCAUGGCUUAACGUGGUUGUGAAAGGAAAUCAGGAAUUGAGUGGCCUGGUAAGAUUUUGUGAAAACGAUAAGUACGUAGGAGGAUGA